GAAAACUUACAUUAAAACCUUCUCCAACAGUCGCUCUGCCCAAAACUCUGUGUCAAGUGGCAAUAGGCAGUAGCUAAAAAAAAACCUUCGAACUCUUGAAAAAUCCCAUUCUCGCACUCAGCACAAAGAGAAGCGAAGACGUUGCUAGUCAUUUUCAAUCCCCUCCUUAGUCACUGAAAGAUACUCUCCUCACCAAUUCUCAAACGGGAGCCGCACGACUCGUCGUUUUGAAGCUUGAACUCUACGAUUCCAGUGAGUUGCAUAGGAAUUUGGCUUUGAGCUGCUGGAAAGAGUAUCGGAUAACAAUUCCGUUUUAAGAUAUUGCUGUAAAUAUUUUGUACUGGACGUCAUAUCUAGAGGUUGAUUUUGCCAUGGAGAACUCUGAUGAUGAAAAGGAUGGAGUUUUCAGUAACUAUAUGCCCAAAGAACUAAGUUUACCUAAUGGUACCAAAUUUGUAGAUGAGGUUCUAAGCGGUCAAAGUGACCGCUGUCUUGAAAAUUUUCGUAUGGAUAAGCAGGCAUUCUACAAGUUAUGUGAUAUUCUGCACAGCAAGGGCCUGCUACGCCAUACGAACAGAAUCAAGAUUGAGGAACAAUUAGCCAUAUUCUUGUUCAUUAUUGGCCAUAAUCUACGCACUCGUGCUGUUCAAGAAUUGUUCCGAUAUUCAGGAGAAACCAUCAGUCGCCAUUUUAACAAUGUUUUGAAUGCUAUCAUGGCAAUUUCAUUAGAUUUCUUUCAGCCUCCAGGAUCCGAUAUUCCACCAGAAAUCUUGGAAGAUCCUAGAUUUUACCCAUAUUUUAAGGAUUGUGUUGGAGCGGUAGAUAGGAUACACAUUCCAGUGAUGGUUGGUAUAGAUGAGCAAGGACCUUUCCGUAAUAAGAAUGGACUACUUUCACAAAAUGUUCUGGCUGCAUGCUCCUUUGAUCUGAGGUUUCAUUAUGUUCUAGCUGGAUGGGAAGGCUCAGCAUCAGAUCUGCGAGUUCUGAACUCAGCACUCACGAGGCGGAACAAGUUGCAGGUCCCUGAAGGGAAGUACUACCUUGUGGACAACAAAUAUACUAAUAUGCCAGGAUUCAUAGCUCCAUACAAUGGGAUCUCUUGUCAUUUAAAUGAGUAUUCUGGUGGUUAUCCUCCUCGAGAUUCAAGAGAACUAUUCAAUCAAAGGCACACAGUACUAAGAAACGCCACUGAUCGUAGUUUUGGGGCUCUAAAGUCACGUUUCCCUAUACUGAUGUCCGCUCCUCCAUACCCCUUACAAACACAGGUUAAGUUGGUUGUAGCAGCAUGUGCGCUACACAAUUACAUACGUAGGGAGAAACCAGGUGAUUUGAUUUUUAAAAUGUAUGAACAUGAUACUGUACUGCAAAUGGAGGAGUCCUUGCCCCCAUUAGAGGUGGAACAUCCACUUAUGCAAGUUGAGAACCCAGCUUUGGACGUUGCUUUUGAUACAGAACAGCUAGAAUUUAGUUCUCAGUUGCGUGACUCAAUUGCAGGUGAGAUGUGGGAUGACUACAUAAGUGAUUUAUCAACCAUGUAGAUGGAUUCAUUGUGAUUUGAUAGUUUCAGGCUAGGAUUGGAUUCUUUUCAAGAUCACUGGCAUAUAAAUUCUUAAAACUUGGUCUUGAUCCUGAUGUUGUACAUUGGCGCUUUGUUUAUAACAAAGAAGUAUAUAGGUUGAUCAAAA